AUGUUGAAGUUGUGGCUCGGGCUCGCCCUAACGGCUGAUUCAUCGGCGUUAUUUAGGGGAAGCAAUAGUUUUGGGAUGAGUCUAAAAAGGCCAUCGGAGCUCUAUAAACACCUAAGAGUUUCCAAGAGAUAUAUCCUGGGGAAAUCCCAUGAUGACAUAGUGACAUCGCUCCCAAAAGAUGAAGAUGCCCCCGAGCUAGAGUCACGACUUCAAUUCCAUAAGCAAUUUAUGAUAGAAGCACAAAGUAACAGAGCGGGGUUAGGAUCAAAUAGGAAAGUCCAAGAUGCGGAUAUAUUGAAGUCUUUUAUUCGGCAAGACGAGAAUGAUAAAUAUAAGAUCCAUGCAAUGAAUUUAGAAAUGCAGAACGAGUGGUUAGACAUAGGAGAUUUUUGCAUCCCAUUAGCAUUAAAAUGGCGCUCUUUAAUUUAUGAUUGGUCGCCAGCAUUGCUAAAAUUCUAUCUCAAUGCGUUCCAGGUGACUCUCCCAGAUCAGAGUAAUUUAGUAAGAUGGGGUAAAAGUACCGAAAAAACUUUCUAUAUCUGUGGAAAGGCAGUUGGAACUGCUAAGCAUCUGCUGGUAGGAUGUAGGGUACUCCUGGACAGCGGUCAAUACUCGCGUCGUCACGAUAGGGUUCUAGAAGUCGUAUGUGAAGCGGUUAGUCUUUCGGUAGCCAGAGCGCAAAAGGAAAUAACCACAAACGAACGAUCAGUAGGUUUUGUGAGAGAAGGCACUAGGGCUACAAAAUCAAACGUCAAGCCUUACUCCAUCCUUAAAGCGGCGUCGGAUUGGACUAUAAUGAUGGACACGUAUGAAAAGCAAUAUAAAAUCCCCGAGGAUAUUUGUGUGUCGGCCUCCAGACCGGAUAUAUUUUUGUUUUCGCGAAUUUUAAAGCGCGUAGUGAUGAUAGAGCUUACGGUCCCUUGGGAAACCAACAUCCCCAAAGACCAUACCAUCAAGGUCAACAAAUAUUACGAGCUCACAAACGAACUCACUCGAAAUAGGUUCGUAGUAGAUUUGUACGCGGUAGAGGUGGGAGCGAGAGGUAUAACAGCGAAAUCUCUCUACAACCUACUAAAGGACUUGGGCUUGUCCAGAACUCACAUUAAUGCAUUCUUGGAACGUAUAUCGAAGGCAGCCCUAGUAGGUUCUUUUCAAAUUUGGUUAGGUAGGGAGAGGAGCUUGGACAGUGGAGGUGAGCGUAUAACGCGCGUUAGUUAA